ACACAUUCAAAAUGGCGGCCUGGCAGUAGAAACAAAAAUAACAUCUCUUUGAUUUCUAAGUGAUUAAUAAUUUGGGUGUGUUUGUUUGUUAAGUAAAUCUCUGUAUAUUUGGCAACUUCUGUGGGAUAAAGCAGGUUUUUGGGCUAUAAAAAUUUGUUCACUAGAGAUCGAUCGAUAUAGAGGAGUGUACGGGCGAUUCGUUGCUACGUUUGCUGCUGAACAUCUGUGGUAGAAAUACUUUAUACCUAACCAACCAUUCCUGUCCGAACACGUUUUGAACAUUCAGUAUACUCGUCAAGACAUAGUAAAUAUGGCCUCUGGAAGCUGUCUAUUAGAUAUUUUAAAGGAAGCAAAACUACAGCAGUAUUUUGCAAAUUUUAAAAAUAAAGGUUUUAUUUUGUGUGAUUCCUUGUCUAAAUUAACCAUGGAGGAUUACUCUUCCCUUGGAAUUUCUUCAAAUGAAGAUCGUCUUCGUCUGUUUAAGCUAGUCGAUGCAUUGAAACGUCUAUGUUCGGAAGGCUUCGUUUGCCAACACACGAAUUCUACUCUUAUUAAAAAGCCUACCACUCAUAAGAAAAAACCGGUAAAAAAUAUAGGCCUUGUUAAAGUUGUUCGACAUCCUAUUCAAUCAAAUGUGAACAACAACCGACAACCGACUAAAUCUAGUCAGAAAACGUUAGCAGAUUCUCCUAUCUUCCCGAAUCCGAAGAGAGUUUUAAAUUUUUCUAAUCUAUCAGAGGAGGAAGAAGAGAAAAAAGUUGAAAAGAAACCUUCUACUGUAAGGUCUGCCACAUCCGUGCUUACUAGGAAAGUUACUAGGAAAUCAGUAGAACAUUCGUCGAAUGACGUUGAACUUAUUAGGAAAAAAGUAGAGCCAGCUACUUCACCUGGUGGGAGGAGAAGAUGGUCAGAUUCAACAAAAGUUUCAACAGUCUCUGCUACUGCAACUUUGGUCAAUAAACGACAAGUCGUUAAUAAGCAGCACGCAUAUUUCCCUCUUAGAAAGAAGAGUGAUCAAAAAAAACAACAAAGUAUUCCAGUCGAAAGAAUAUAUCAUUCAGAGCAAAAUUAUGACUACGGGCUUCCAUCGGCAAAAUCAACAAAAUCUCCAGCAUUAUCUACAGUAUCUUCCGGUAAUUGUCGAAUAACUGUUUGCGCAAGGAAAAGACCCUUGCUAAAAAAGGAAAUUAAAAAGGGCGAUGUUGAUGUAGUUGAAAUGGAAAAUCCGGAGGAAAAAAUAUCCCUAAUAGUGAGAGAACCAAAAUUAGCAAUGGAUCUCUCAAGAUACGUAAUUGAGCAUGUUUUCAAUUUUGAUUCGAUAUUUGACGCCGAAUGCUCAAACUACAGCGUGUACAAUACCAGCGUUCAACCUCUUGUGCAACAUGUGUUUAAUAGAGGAACGUCAACUUGUUUUGCAUUCGGUCAAACUGGAAGCGGAAAGACCCACACGCUAUUAGGUAGUGACACGGAUCCGGGCCUAUUUCUAAUAGCUGCUAAAGAUCUUUUUGGAAUGAUGGAUAGUUGUUCAUCGGGUUUAAAGCUUUGGUUGAGCUAUUAUGAAAUAUAUUGUGGACAGCUUUAUGAUUUAUUAAAUAAGAGGAAAAAAAUAUAUGUUCGGGAAAAUGGAUCACAAGAGGUUUGCGUUGCUGGUUUAACUGAAACACCUGUGACAAAUUCAAAAUCAUUACAAGAAAUUGUAAAUUAUGGUAAUAAGGCUCGUAAAAUAGGCUCAACGGGAGUGAAUAGUCAAAGUUCUCGAUCUCAUGCUAUUCUUCAAUUUGAAGUGAGAGAUUUUAAUGAUGAUCGUCACGGAAGGAUGAUCUUUAUCGAUCUGGCAGGAAGUGAAAGAGCUGCUGAUGUUACUGAUAAGGAUAGACAAACUAGAGUAGAAGGUGCCGAAAUAAAUCAAAGUUUAUUAGCUUUAAAAGAAUGCAUUAGAUCCAUAGAUCACGAUAAAAGUCAUACCCCCUACCGGCAGAGCAAGCUGACUCACAUAUUGAAGGAAUCUUUCGAGGGUAAUGCAAAAACUUGUAUGAUCGCCAACGUUUCACCCGCCUUGUCCGCCUGCGAUAAUACAAUAAAUACACUCCAAUAUGCGCACCGUGUGAGGGAUAUUUAUAGAUGUAAUUCUGAGACAAAGAAACAGCAUCAGACUCCCUCUCAAGCAGUUGCGCAUCCUUCCGUUAUGAAAGAGACGUUUACGAAGGAAUACGAUGUAGAAGAAAUUUCAACAAUUCUUGAAGAAAAUGGAAUUAAAAAGACGGAAGCUGAUAUAAGAAAUAUGCACCCAACACUCUUUCAUCCAUCGACCAUACCUUGCUCGUCGACUCCAAAGUCAACGAAACACAUUAAUAGGGAGAGGGACAACGAAGCUUUAAACUUAGAUCAAUUACUACACGAUGCUUCAAAUUCUCCAAUCUCUGGCCAUAAAGUUAAUAGAAGUCGCAGUAGGGAUGCUAGUCAGGGAGCAUCUAGUAGAUCUAGUUCGAAUAACAGAGUGCCAUUAUCGACUAGAAGUUGCCCGGAAAAGAUUUUUGAAGAUAUUCAAUCUGAUAAGGCAAGGUGUAAUUCUGAUAGCGAAAUCAUCUCAGUUGCUCAAAAUACUCAACAGACCAAAGUUGUUAGAAAGGCAAAUAGCGGUGAAUCAGUUAUGAAGGAGCAUAAAUUAGUUAUGAGCGAUCUUGACGAAGUUAUAAACAGAGCAAUUAAAACUUUGAAUGAAUCGAAAGAGUCUAGAGCUAAAAAUGAAUGUCAAAAGAAUAAUGAAGCCUCUAAAACUGAGAAAUCCGACACUUUUGAAGAUUCUCUUGAUAAAGAUCUAGGUUUAAAAUCUUGUUUAUCAACGUCUAGAUCAUCAAAUAGUAGCCAACAAAAUGCUUCAGGAGAAAAAUCCGUUCACUUUUUAAAAGAAGAACCCGUAAAAGUUGAAGAUGAAAGAAGACCUAAACUCUCAAUCCAUUCACCCCAGAGGCGAAAUAGUUUUGAGAAGAGUAGAGAUAAGGAAUCGAUUAAUAGCCAAAAACAUAGUUUAGAAAUUAUAGAGCUUUCACCAAAACUUAAUAAAAAUGACGAAAGAACUAAAGUACUCUCUCAAUUAGGAAAUGGACUUAAACCAAAGAAAAAUCUAUUAACAUCUCCAUCAAACACUCGUAAAGCUAGAGUAGAUGGCGUAGAGACACUUUCAGACGAUUUAAAAGAGAAAGAAGCUUUAAAUAAUGAGCUAAUUAGCGAAUUUCACCCAAUUAAAUCUUAUACACCAUCAUCUAGCAAGACUAGCGUCGUAAAUGUUCCGAAGCCUAUCUUAUAUGACAACACCUUUCAAAAUCAACUGAUAACUGCUCACGAAGACGAACUUGGAAGUAUAACUACGCUCAGUAAACACGAAAUGAAAAUAUUGGUCGCCGUUAGAACUGGAGAUAUAACGUUUACAGACUAUUUGAAGACUUUGAAAGAAAUUCUUGAUCUCAAGAGACAACGAAUAGCUACUCUUCAAGAGAGAAUAAAAAUAGCUGAUAAUUUAACUCAUCAAACUUUUACGAAUGGUUUAUUAUAGCUUUUAAUUUAUCUUUUAAGAGGAAUAAUUGCCCGCCCUGCUUUGUAAACAAUUCACAGUAUUUCACUUAUGCAUACUUAUUUCGUUUUAUUUUUUCUUAAAAUAAUUUCUCCCUCCCUACUCCUCUCUCUUUCCCCCUCAGACCGCUCCAAAUCCUUUUAAAGUAUUUCCCUAAGCAUAUAUAAUUUUAAAUUUAAAUUAUAUAGAGACAAUCGUGACGUGAAGCGUCUAGUCUGUGAUAUAAAUUAAUUUUUGUUUUUUUAAAAAAAUGCGAGCUUUUCAUUUGUUGCCUUUUUUUUUUGCUUAUUUGUUUUUUCGUGAGUGCAGUUUGUUCAAUCAGAGUAACGCUUUUAUCAGAAUACAAACUUCUUAUACAACAAAUAUAUAAGCUUUCUUUCUUUAAUCUUUCUGUGAGUUUUAUUUGAUUUAACUAGUUUUCAAUGUUUUAACAAAAUUGUUCAUUUCCUCUUUUAUAAAGUAUCAGAUUUUUCAUUCUAAGAGAAUAUGUCUUCUAUCUUCCGGCAACGGAAGAAGUUAUAAAUAUAUUGUAUUAUCUUUAGGAAGAGGAAUUUAUAACCUCCGGUACUUUGAUGAGCGGAGUAUAUAUCCUAUCACAUUUUUUUUCAUUUUUAAGUCAAUAAUUAAUAUAAACCUCCUAUGGGAAUUCACUUGCCCAAUCUCCCUAUAAUAGACGCAAGAUGGCACUUAGUGUUCCCUGUCAAGCGGAAUGAGGCAUAAUAGCAAAAAUUAAUUUUCUAUCUUAAUUAACAGAGAGUUUUUAUU